AUGACGAGGCGCGCAUUGUUUAGCAGCCCGUGUCGAUUUACGGGGGUUUGUUUUGUUUUUUUUUCGACAUCCACUUCUUCGGAAAUCUCAAGAUAUCUCUCCGAGUACUACGAUCCUUCAACGAACGAAUCGGUUGAGGAGUAUUGGAAAAGAAAAAGAUUCGAAUACCCCGGACUGUACUCAGCAGCACUUUUCGUUUUUUCGAUUGUUCCCAGUGAAGCCAUGUGUGAGACUACGUUCAGCACUGCGUCGUUUUUGUUAGAUAAAACAAAAACAAGAUUACUGUACAAGCGUGUGGAGAUGGUCGUUCUGGUUUUGAAUUCACAAAUUUUCGAAACUCAUUUUCAAAUGACUGCUAGUUUUCAAUCUAAUUUUCCAAUAUGUAAAAGGCCAGAUGUUGUUAUUCGGGCAAUCACAAAACAAUCCGAUUUCAAAUCUGUGCUAACACUCAGCCAAGUAUGUCGGAAUUUUCGAAGGAAAAAAAUAAUUCACGGAAUUGGUGAAUCAAAUCUUCCAAAUACAAAUUUCACCAGAAUCCUCGUUUCGGCAAUGAUUCUUCAAUUUGACUGCAUGAUUCUUAAAUAUGACUCUGAGCAGAAAACCGAUGUUAUUCAGUAUUUGGACAAAGAAAAUGGAGUUUGUGACAGAAUGUUCGAGAAGAAACACACAAAUUUGAAAGGCAUAACUGCGUUGGAUCUGGCCAUGGGAGACCUAGAACGAAUUUUAAAAUUUCAAAAAACCGAACUGAAUUCUCUAUCGGUAACUGUGAAUUGGUCUCCUCGCGAUAGCACCCCGGUGGCCAGAUUGUUCCCUGAAAAGCUGAAAAAUGUGCUGAAAUCAAAAAUUAUUAAAACCAAGAAUUUGAACAUAUCCGCUUUUCGACAGAGUUAUUUUAUGGCAGUUAUACCCUUUGUCGAUUCUGAAUUUCUUGAAAAACUUUCUAUAAAUCGUCCUGAUGGUUUUAAACGCCGUGAUAAAGAUGCUUUUAAUUUGGACAUGGAAGAAAUUGUAAGCACCGAGCAAUGGAAAAAACUAGAACAGUUCGAUUCUGGAUCUUAUAAAUUUUCUCCGCCGCUGGAACAAUUAGUCCAUUUUUCUAAUAUCAACGUUCAUCUGAAUUCAUUUUUGCUAAAAGAUUUGAAGUUUUUGCGACAAAAACAUGUCUUUCACUCGUCAAUUGCUAUGUUUUUCGCCAAAAUAGGUGGAAUAAAAGGUAAGUUGGAACCCCCAACCAACGUUUUAGUUCAUUUCAUCGAGUGCCAGCAAGCCAGGCGAGGAGAUGCUUUGCGGCGGUGGUGUGCCCCAUAUGUCCCGUAUAUGCCCCAUACCGGCGUCCUUUCCCUGUACCCAAUUCAUCGGCGCGUUCUCCGUCGCCCAUCCAUUAUGCGUAUGCGCGCCCAGGAACUGUGGGUACAGAAUCGUUCCAAAAAUUCUGGAAUUUUCAAUCAGCGUAUUAUCUCCAAUACAAGCCCAUGUGCUCGGAGUGUGGGCUUCUAUUUUUCGAUGAACCUCGCGGGGUGGGCUUCAAAUGGAGGUGGGCUUCUAUUAGAGGAAAUACGGUAUACUAGAAUCAAGAUUUUCGAGUUUCUGGUUCUAAAAAAAAUGUUUGGAAUUCCGAGGAUGAUUUCUGAAUUGGGAUACUUUUUUGAUUUGGCGCAAAAUUCAGGUGUCCCAGUAGACAAUUUCAUCACAAUGAAUAUCAGCAAACACGCACGACUAUUAGGAAAACAAUUGAGUGGACAGCCUCUCUUGUUCGCGAUGCUAACAUGUGCCGAAAUGUCCUCAACAGAAACUCUAAAGAAACGCCUCUGUUCAAAAAUCAACAUUUCCUUAGAGCAGUGCUAUAUAAUCAUCCGAAUUUCCAGUCAUUUUCCGAAAAACUAUUUCCAUUCAUGGCAUUACCAAAAGAUCAUCAUUGAAACAUCUACGAAGAAAAAUACGUCGACGACUGAAGAGUACGAAUAUGACGACGAGAAUGAUGACUCAGAAGGCGAAGAAUAUUACGAAUCCAGAGAGCAUAACGAUGAUACUUUUGGAAACGAUUUGGCCCAAAUAAUGAAACAUUAA